AUGUGGCGAAUUUUUGUGAUAUGCCUAUCUCUUGGCGUUGUAUUCAAAGUUCAGGCCUGCGUUGACCGUGUGCCGGUUAUGAAAAUGCGUGUAAGUCUGGUAACAAUGCGAAAAUAUCAAGGAUUAACCAAUUGCACUUCCGAUUGUGGACCUCUUGUAGUCCGACCACGGAAAGAGACCUACAUGACAGUGGAUGAAGUUUGCUGUGAUGGCUACGAUCGCAAUGACGAAGAUACCGAAUGUGUUCCUCGUUGUGCUGAUUGUGGUGAAACCGGUGUAUGUCAUUCGCCCUCGGUAUGUCUUUGCGGCAAUGGCUAUACGAACCAUGUGAAUCGCAGCGUGUGCGUUCCAGAAUGUAGUGAGCCCUGUGUUAAUGCCAAUUGCACGGCUCCCGAUGUCUGUCAGUGUCUGGAGGGUUAUCGUUUUCGCAGCGAUUCGGUCAAUGAGUGCGAGCCGAUUUGCAAGGUCAACUGCGAGAAUGGGCAUUGUGAGGAGCCCUCGAAAUGUAUUUGUAAUGUCGGAUAUCAGCGUGAUGAGAAGCUGCAGAAAUGUGUACCCGUUUGCCAGGAUAUCUGUGAGCAUGGCGACUGCGUGGGACCCAAUGAGUAUAAAUGCCACGAUGGCUAUGAAGCCCGUCUGGGACGACCAAUGAAGUGUGAUCCAGUGUGUUCGAGUGGUUGCCCAAAUGGUCUGUGCCUGGAGCCAGAGCAUUGUGCCUGCAAUUUGGGUUACGCCCAUGUGGAGCAGCGUGUCUCGGAGGGCUGUCAACCAGUUUGCCAACCGGGCUGCGUGAACGGAACGUGUGUAUCACCGGGUCAUUGUGUUUGCAACGAGGGUCACGCCUAUGCCGAUGGCUCCCAUAAUGUCUGUGUGCCCAGUUGUCGAUCGGGCUGCGAGCAUGGUUUCUGCAGUUCCCCAGGACGUUGCGAAUGCCAUGAGGGUUACGUACAGUUGACCGCUCAUCGAUGUGCGCCUGUUUGCCAGGCGGCAUGUGGACAGAAUUCGAGAUGUACAGCACCCGACACAUGCACCUGUGACCCCGGCUAUGUGUUCGUGAAUGGCUCGACAACACAAUGUGAACCCCACUGCCCGAGGACGUGUAAGAAUGGCAUUUGCAGCAGUCCCGGAGUAUGUACUUGCCUGUCUGGCUAUCAGGCUUUACUCUCCUUCUACUGCAUACCCAUUUGCACUCGGUCCUGCUUGCAUGGCAGUUGUGUGGGUCCAAAUCAGUGUCGCUGCUUCACUGGCUAUCGGCCCACAUCCGAGGAUCCCAGUAUAUGUGAACCGAUUUGCAGUCAAGAUUGCGGUCAUGGGCGGUGUAUAGCUCCGGAGAUUUGUCAUUGUCAGGAGGGUUAUAUCAAACGUUGGCCCACCGGAUCCUGCGAACCGCAUUGCCAACAGAAGUGCAUCAACAGUCAUUGCAUUGGUGCAGGUCAAUGUCGCUGCUAUGAGGGCUACCGCAUGAGAGCUGGCUCGAGUUCCAUAUGCGAUCCUGUAUGCAUGCCCCCAUGUGUCAAUGGUUCCUGCGUGGAGCCGAAUCAAUGCGCCUGCUCUCAUGGCUUUGAGGAUACCAAACAACAUAAUAUCUGUGUGCCCAGUUGUCGUCCACGCUGUGUGAAUGGACGCUGUUCAGCGCCGGGGCAAUGUGACUGCAAUUCCGGUUAUCUAAUAGCCAAUGCCAGUCAGCCCCAUCAAUGUGAGCCUCAGUGUGAGAAGCAGUGCAUCAAUGCUGAAUGUCUCCGUCCCGAGGAGUGCGUUUGUCUCGAUGGCUAUCGAAUGCUACCCUCAAGUACUACGGAGUGUGAACCCAUCUGCUCACCACCAUGUGAUUCAAAUGAACUCUGCAUAGCUCCCGAUUUGUGUGAGUUGAGUGGUCGUCGUUUUCUUUUCAAGGCUAAUCCAUCUUCCAAUGUGCAUCACGGCUUCACACGUUGGUCUACACUCAUGUUGGCUGUUUUCCUCUGCCUGAUUCUGGUAAUGUUUCCCCUACUCCUGAUGAGAGAAGUGCAACGUCGGCGAAGUCAGAAGGACAAACAACAAGUCCAUUUAAUCGAGAAUCCCACUUACGGUGUAAUAUUGCCCGGCAGUGAAGAACCGCUCAGUGAACAGGAAAUUGGUUUGGGCGAUUAGAUGAUCGUUUUUAUGCAUAUGUGUUAAA